UGCUGCUUUUUAAAGCAUUAUUUAACACUUCAGUCCCUAAAACCCUAGCGUUUCCUCCGGAGGUGGGAAGAAGAAGAAGAGCUUAGACUCAGAUCCACCACCGGACUGGAACUCUCAAAUACUCCAAAUCUAAUAAGAGUAAGAAAAAUCCUACAGCACUAUUUCUCUCGGCAUCGAAAUCCAUAUAACUGGAAAUCUCCAUAAACCCUACAUCAAAAUCCAAGGCGGAAUCCCUCCCUUUUCAUGGAUUCAUAGGGCUGGAAAAGGUGUCCCAAAACCCUAGUUCGGUACUGUUAUCAGCACUUUGAUUCAAUGGCUCAUUCGGUGGAAGUGCUGAGCUCUGCUGCCGAAGCGGUCUCGACGUCGUCUACGAAACAGCGGGUUAGAAUAUUUCGCGAUGAAAUUCCAUCCGUUCUGCAGAAUUCAGAGAUGUCAAAUGAUGUUGUGUCAUUAUUGGUUGAUACCAUUUUCAAAACGUUGUUUAUAUAUGAUGACCGAGCAUCGAGAAAAGCUGUAGAUGACAUGAUUAUCAAAGUGUUGGGUGAAGCCACCUUUAUGAAGAGCUUUGCUGCUGCACUUGUUCAGGCUGCAGAAAAGCAGCUAAAGACAAAGUCUGCUAUAGGAUGCUACAAGCUUCUCAAGUGGUCUUGCCUCCUCCUAAGAUGGAGUCAGUUUACUUCUGUAUCGAAGAAUGCUUUUUUGAGAGUUGCCACAUCUCAAGCCUCCCUUCUUCAUAUCCUUCUUCAGGGUUCUUUCCGCAUUCGAAGGGCUUGCAAACAAAUAUUUUUUCAUCUAUUCUCUGAGUCACCGGACCUUUACAAAAUGUACAUGGAAGAGUUGAAGGAUUCAAGAAUAUCCUAUGGAGAUGGUGGUGAAUUGGUAAGGGUGUUGCUCGAUUACUCGACCACAAACUCUUCUCUGUUUGAUCAAUACAAGCCGAUAUUUCUUGAUUUGUAUCUGAGAGCAGUUCUGAAUGCGAGGGAGGAACCAACAAGGGCUCUCAGUGAGGCUUUUCGUCCACUUUUCAAGUGUAUGGUACAUGAAGAUUUUAAGACUGUUGUGGUUCCAUCCUCUAUUAAGAUGCUGAAGCGGAAUCCAGAGAUUGUGUUGGAAUCAGUUGGGGUUCUGUUGAAAGCAGUCAAUCUCGAUUUGAGUAAAUAUGCCAUCGAAUUUCUUUCAGUGGUCCUGCCACAGGUUCGCCAUGCUGACGAAGGAAGGAGACUAGGGGCUCUGGCAAUUGUUGGCUGCUUGAGUCAAAUGUCUAGUGAUCCUGAUGCUCUUCCGGCAAUGUUCAGUGCCAUCAAAGCCAUCCUUGGAGGAUCAGAAGGAAAACUGGCAUUUGCUUACCAGAGGGUUGGAAUGAUCAAUGCAUUGCAAGAAUUGUCAAAGGCUCCAGGCGGGAAAACGCUGAACAGCUUGGCACCUUCUAUAAGUGGCUUCCUUUUGUCCUGUUACAAGGAGGAUGGCAGUGAGGAGGUGAAGCUUGCUAUCUUGUCUGCAAUUGCCUCUUGGGCUGAACGAUCUGCAGAAGCUGUUCAACCUGAUGUAGUUUCUUUUAUUGCUACGGGCCUUAAGGAGAAGGAAACUUUAAGAAGGGGGCAUCUCCGAUGUCUUCGAGUAAUCUGCAAGAAUCCUAACACACUAACACGGGUGUCGCCUUGGCUGGAGUCUCUAGUCCAGCUAGUAAAAACAGGUUUCAUGAAAGCAGCACAACGGUUGGAUGGAGUUUAUGCACUCUUUUCAGUCUUGAAGAUUGCCUCCACUGAUACCGGAGCAGAGGAGCUUUUGGUGAAAGAAAAGAUCUGGAUGUUGAUAUCUCAAAAUGAACCGUCAGUCAUAUCUAUGUCACUGGCUUUAAAGUUAUCAAAUGAGGAUUGUAUAGCAUGUUUAGACCUUCUUGAGGUGCUGUUUGUGGAAUAUCAGCACAGGGUUUUGGAUACCUUGUCAGUUAAACCAAUGUUACAGUUGAUACUUUACCUAGUGUGCCAUCCAAGUUGGGACAUUCGUAGGGUGGCUUAUGAAGUUACCAAAAAGAUCGCCGCUGGUUCCUCGCAAUUUUCUGAAGAUCUCUUAGUUGAAUUUACAAAUUGGCUUUCCGAUAUUGGAGAGAGAAUGUGUCUACUGAAAAAAGGUGACAUGGAAAAUUCAGUGGAUGCUCAAAUGCCUUUCCUCCCAUCUGUUGAGGUGUUGGUGAAGGCUCUGAUUCUGAUUUCAUCACCAGCUAUGGCCAGUGGUCCAAGCACAUGCACGAGACUAUUGUUUUGCUCACACCAUCCUGUCAUUGUUGACACUGCUCAUGGAAAUGGCGUAUGGAAGAGGCUUCAGAGAAGUUUGCAGAGGCAUGGGUUUGAUGUUAUCAGCGUCAUCGCUGCAAAUGUGAGGACCAUAUGCAAGGGUUUAUUAGGAUCAAUGGGAUUAAUGAGUCCUAACGUAAUGGAACAACGUGCUGCUAUAAGUUCUUUAAAGUCCUUGAUGUCUAUACUACCGAAGGAUACCUUUUUGGAGUUUGAGAAGCAUUUAAAUGAACUUCCGGACCGGAACUUACAUGAUGCACUUUCGGAAAAUGACAUAAAGAUUUUUCAUACUCUGGAAGGUGUGCUCUCCAGUGAGCAAGGUGUUUAUGUUGCAGAGACUGUCACUGUUAAAAAUGCUAAACAAGCAAAGGGUCGUUUCCGGGUUUAUGAUGACCAAGAUGAUAAAGAUAAUGUCAGAUCUCCUGUACAAAGAGAGGCAAGUAAAGCAACAGGCUUGGGGAAAAAGGACGUUGGCAAAGCAACCAAAAAGAAUGUUCAAGGAGACAAAGUUAAGUCUGCAAAGGAAGAGGCACGGGAGUUGCUGCUUAGAGAGGAAUCCUCCAUCCGUGAAAAGGUUAGUUGUAUCCAGAAGAAUCUCUCGGCCAUGCUGAUAACUCUCGGGGAAAUGGCCAUAGCUAAUCCGGUAUUCACACAUGGUCAACUGCCUUCGCUGGUAAAGUUUGUUGAUCAUUUGCUGCGUUCACCAAUAGUGAGCGAUGUAGCAUUUGAGACGAUGCUGAAGCUUGCAAGAUGUCUAGCGCCCCCUCUAUGUAAUUGGGCACCUGAGAUUGCUGCUGCUUUACGUAUAAUUGUGACAGCGGAAGUUCGUAUUGUGUGGGAGUUAAUUCCAUUAGUUGGGGAAGGGGAAGUCCAAGAAAGGCCAAGUAUGGGUCUUUUUGAAAGAAUAAUUGCCGGCCUUUUGAUAUCCUGCAAAGCUGGACCUCUUCCAGCAGAUUCUUACACUUUUGUAUUCCCGAUUUUGGAGCAGAUUUUGUUGUCAUCGAAGAAAACAGGGCUUCAUGAUGAUGUGCUUCAGAUUAUUUCUCUGCACUUGGAUCCUAUACUGCCUCUUCCCAGACUUCGAAUGCUAUCAGUUCUUUUUCAUGUUCUUGGUGUUGUUCCGGCCUGUCAAGUGUCAGUUGUACCCAUGUUGAAUGAAUUAUGUCUGGGUCUACGACCAGAUGAACUGGCACCAGCACUGUGUGGAGUAUAUGCUAAAGACGUUCAUGUGAGGCUUGCCUGCUUAAAUGCCGUAAAAUGCAUUCCUGCUGUUUCUGGCCGUUCCAUUCCUCAGAGUAUUCAGGUUGCAACAAGCAUUUGGAUUGCUUUACAUGAUCCGGAAAAGUCUGUUGCAGAAGCAGCGGAGGAUGUAUGGGACCGUUAUGGGUUUGAUUUUGGAACUGACUAUUCGGGUAUUUUUGAUGCACUUUCUCAUAUCAACUAUAAUGUUCGCAUGGCUGCUGGGGAGGCGUUAGCUGCAGCUUUGGAUGAAAACCCAGACACCAUACAAGAAACACUAUCAACUUUAUUUUCUUUGUACAUCCGCGAUGUUGGUGCUGGAGGAGAAACUGUGGACCCUUGUUGGCUGGGUAGACAAGGGAUAGCUUUGGCUUUACAUUCUGCUGCUGAUGUAUUGAGAACUAAGGACCUUCCUGUUGUCAUGACAUUCCUGAUAUCACGAGCCCUGGCUGACCCUAAUAUGGAUGUCCGGGGAAGAAUGAUUAAUGCUGGCAUUAUGAUUAUCGAUAAGCAUGGAAGAGAUAAUGUUUCAUUGCUUUUUCCCAUCUUUGAGAACUACUUGAAUAAAAAGGCAUCUGAUGAAGAAAGAUAUGAUUUGGUUCGUGAGGGGGUUGUUAUUUUCACGGGAGCACUGGCAAAACAUUUGGCUAAGGAUGAUCCAAAAGUUCAUUCUGUUAUUGAGAAGCUGUUGGAUGUAUUAAACACUCCAUCAGAGGCAGUUCAACGGGCGGUCUCAAACUGCCUAUCGCCAUUAAUGCACUCAAAACAAGAAGAUGGUCAGGCACUUGUUUCCAGGCUGUUGGACCGAUUAAUGAAUAGUGAAAAGUAUGGGGAGCGUCGUGGAGCAGCAUUUGGACUUGCUGGUGUGGCUAAAGGCUUUGGAAUUUCUUCUCUAAAGAAAUAUGGAAUUGUUGCUGUGUUACGGGAAGGUCUGGAGAACAGGAAUUCAGCAAAAUCCCGUGAAGGAGCUUUACUUGGAUUUGAAUGCCUCUGCGAGAAGCUUGGUAGACUGUUUGAACCGUAUGUAAUCCAAAUUUUACCCUUGCUUCUUGUCUCUUUCUCCGAUCAAGUUGUUGCUGUACGUGAAGCCGCAGAAUGCGCUGCUCGUGCAAUGAUGUCUCAACUUACUGGACAUGGAGUGAAGCUUGUCCUUCCCUCACUUCUUAAGGGUCUUGAAGAUAAAGCUUGGAGAACUAAGCAAAGUAGUGUACAACUACUCGGUGCUAUGGCUUACUGUGCUCCUCAGCAAUUGUCUCAGUGUCUCCCAAGGAUUGUUCCCAAACUAACGGAGGUACUGACAGACACACAUCCGAAAGUCCAGUCUGCUGGACAGAUGGCACUUCAGCAGGUUGGCAGUGUGAUAAAGAAUCCAGAAAUAGCUGCGCUUGUCCCUACCCUUUUAUUGGCCCUUACUGAUCCCAAUGAUUAUACGAAGCACUCCCUUGAUAUUCUUCUUCAAACGACUUUUAUUAAUUCAAUUGAUGCACCGUCACUAGCAUUAUUGGUGCCUAUUGUCCAUAGAGGCUUAAGGGAAAGGAGUGCUGACACUAAAAAGAAAGCAGCCCAGAUAGUUGGAAACAUGUGUUCACUUGUGACUGAACCGAAGGAUAUGAUUCCUUAUAUAGGGUUGUUGCUUCCUGAAGUCAAGAAGGUUCUUGUAGAUCCCAUACCAGAAGUUCGUUCUGUUGCUGCCAGGGCUCUUGGAUCUCUUAUAAGAGGAAUGGGAGAAGAAAACUUCCUGGAUCUUGUACCAUGGCUGUUAGAUACAUUGAAGUCCGAUAAUAGCAAUGUUGAACGUUCUGGAGCAGCCCAAGGGUUGAGUGAGGUUUUGGCUGCUCUUGGAAAAGAAUAUUUUGAAUCGAUUCUUCCUGACAUAAUUCGUAACUGUUCUCACCAAAGGGCAUCUGUGCGUGAUGGGUAUUUAACACUUUUCAAGUACAUGCCGAGGUCUUUAGGUGUCACAUUCCAGAAUUACUUGCAGCAAGUGUUGCCUGCUAUUUUGGAUGGGCUUGCUGAUGAGAAUGAAUCUGUACGUGAUGCGGCGCUCAGUGCUGGGCAUGUCUUAGUUGAGCAUUAUGCAACAACGUCUUUACCUCUACUUCUUCCUGCUGUAGAGGAUGGUAUUUUCAAUGAUAAUUGGCGCAUUCGGCAGAGUUCUGUUGAGCUGUUGGGCGAUCUACUAUUCAAGGUUGCCGGAACUUCGGGAAAAGCAAUUCUUGAGGGUGGCAGUGAUGAUGAAGGUUCUAGCACUGAGGCACAUGGGCGUGCUAUCAUUGAAGUGUUAGGGAGGGAUAAGCGCAAUGAAGUUCUUGCUGCAGUUUAUAUGGUUCGCACUGAUGUCAGCUUAUCAGUGCGGCAGGCUGCCUUACAUGUGUGGAAAACUAUAGUAGCAAAUACUCCAAAGACACUCAGGGAAAUAAUGCCAGUUUUGAUGAACACACUUAUUUCAUCCCUUGCAUCGUCUUCCUCAGAAAGGCGACAGGUUGCAGGAAGGGCUUUGGGGGAGCUUGUUAGGAAGCUUGGUGAAAGGGUCCUGCCAUUGAUUAUUCCAAUUUUAUCUCAAGGGCUAAAAGACCCAAACACAAGCAGAAGACAAGGGGUAUGCAUUGGUUUGAGUGAAGUGAUGGCAAGUGCUGGUAAGCACCAGUUAUUGAGUUUCAUGGAUGAACUCAUCCCUACAAUUCGAACAGCCCUCUGUGAUAGCAUGCCUGAGGUUCGUGAAUCUGCAGGCUUAGCAUUCAGCACACUUUACAAGAGUGCUGGAAUGCAAGCAAUUGACGAAAUCGUGCCCACGCUUUUGCAUGCUUUAGAGGAAAAUGAAACCUCAGAUACUGCCCUUGAUGGCCUCAAACAAAUCUUAAGUGUCAGGACUUCAGCUGUUUUGCCUCAUAUCUUGCCGAAACUGGUCCAUCUUCCGCUUUCUGCCUUUAAUGCCCAUGCACUUGGAGCUUUGGCAGAGGUUGCGGGACCUGGCCUUAAUUUUCACCUUGGAACAAUUCUUCCAGCCUUACUGUCUGCUAUGGGUGAUGAUGAUGUGGAUGUCCAACAAUUGGCAAAGAAGGCUGCAGAAACUGUGGUUUUGGUCAUUGAUGAUGAAGGUGUGGACUCAUUGAUCUCAGAGCUGCUUAAAGGUGUUGGUGAUAACCAGGCUUUAAUGCGGAGGGGUUCUUCCUAUCUAAUAGGAUAUUUCUUCAAACAUAGCAAAUUGUAUUUGGUUGAUGAAGCUCCAAACAUGAUAUCGACACUGAUUAUUUUGUUAAGCGAUUCAGAUUCAGCAACUGUUUCGGUUGCUUGGGAAGCUUUAGCAAGAGUUGUUGCCUCAGUUCCCAAAGAAGUACUUUCUUCGUAUAUAAAAUUAGUACGUGAUGCUGUCUCUACAGCAAGAGAUAAAGAACGAAGAAAAAGGAAGGGAGGACCCGUCCUUAUACCUGGUUUCUGCCUUCCCAAAGCUCUUCAACCAUUGCUUCCAAUAUUUCUUCAGGGUUUGAUAAGUGGCUCGGCUGAAUUAAGAGAGCAAUCAGCACAGGGGUUGGGUGAAUUGAUUGAAGUGACUAGUGAACAAGCACUGAAGGAGUUUGUCGUUCCAAUAACUGGGCCUCUCAUUCGGAUCAUUGGCGACAGGUUCCCUUGGCAGGUGAAAAGUGCCAUUCUAUCAACUUUGUGCAUCGUAAUAAGCAAGGGAGGGAUUGCAUUGAAGCCUUUUCUUCCACAGCUUCAGACAACGUUUAUCAAAUGCCUGAAGGAUACUGCAAGGACGGUUCGUUCCAGUUCUGCCCUUGCACUUGGAAAGCUUAGUGCCCUCAGCACUAGGGUUGACCCUUUAGUUAGUGAUCUUCUGUCCACUUUGCAGGAAUCGGAUGGUGGGGUUCGAGAGGCUGUGCUGACUGCUCUUAAGGGUGUGUUGAAGCAUGCUGGUAAGAGCGUAAGUAAAGCUGUUAGAUCUCAUGUGUGCAACCUCCUCAAAGAUUUGAUACAGCUCGAUGAUGAUCAAGUUCGAAGAUCUGCUGCAAGAGUACUGGGAAUCAUAUCACAGUACAUGGAGGAGGGCGAGCUCUUUGAUCUGAUGACGCUGCUGUUAAAUUUGGUUUCAGCUCCAACCUGGUGGGUCAGGCAUGGAUGCAUCCUUUCAUUCUCGUCCAUGUUUAUGCACAACCCAGCCAUGGUAUGCCUGUCUCCAGUGUUCCCAUCAGUUGUAGACCACCUUAAAGAUGCCUUGAAAGAUGACAAGUUUCCUAUCCGUGAGUCCGCAACUAAGGCGUUGGGAAGGCUUCUAGUAUCGCAAGCUCAAAAUGAAGCACUGAGCACUAAUGCUAGGUUGGAACUUCUUCCAUUGCUAGUGUCAGCUCUGCAGGAUGACUCUAGUGAAGUCAGAAGAAGAGCUUUAUCUGGCCUGAAAGCAGUUGCAAAGGCAAACCCUUUUGCGGUUAUGAGCGAUAUUUCAAUUUCGGGCCCAGCACUUGCAGAGUGUUUAAAGGAUGGAAACACCCCAGUGCGGCUUGCUGCAGAACGUUGUGUUCUGCAUGUCUUCCAAUUGACGAAAGGUGCGGAGAAUGUUCAAGCUGCACAAAAAUACAUCACGGGCUUGGAUGCAAGGCGGUUAUCAAAGUUUCCUGAACACAGUGAUGAUAGUGGAGAUAGUGAUGAUGAAAUGGAAACUAACUGAUGUUUUGGGCAUUCACUGGACCACUUUCACCACAUACUCCUGCGUCAGGAUGGGAUUUUGCAUAGUUCAAAGUUGACCAGGGAUUUCCUUUUACAUUCUUAUAGUGAUUCAGGGGGGUUCAGUCUCCAGUAACAUAUUUUUUUGUUACAGAGCUUCCGGGAAGAGGGAAGAUGACUGGGAGGAUUUUUUUUUUUCCCCCGAGGCUUUUUUUUUAAUAUAAUUAUUAUUAUUAUUGGUAAUGGCAUUUUGUAUAUUUAUCAUAUGUAUUCAAGUUUUGUUCCCUUUAUAUAUGCUAUCUUCUUUGAUAAUGGGGAAAAAAAGGUCGCACUUGCUUCUGCUUCUGUAGCUUUUUGUACUUCUAUUACAAGCAGUUUUGGGAUGUGAAAUGGUUGGAGAAAUUGAAUAUGGAAACUUCCAUCGCUAUUUCUUGA